AUGGCGGAAAUGCAGAACUCAAACCCCACGAUCCUGAAUGCCGCUGAUCUUCCCACGCGGCUGCGACCCGCCACCCGCAAGUCCGAGUAUGGUGGUAUCUUCACAUCCGCUCUGCCGCUGACCCCAGUAGACUGGGCAAUAUCAUCUGACUCGGAGGAUGACAACCUACUGGAGGAACCGAUUGAUGAACAGGAAAUAUACGAUCUUAUUUCGUCAAUCUCCGACCCGGAACAUCCCAUCUCACUCGGAGAAUUGGCCGUGGUGUCUCUUCCGGAUAUCAUGAUCAAGCCAACCCUCCCGGAUGUCCCUGACUCACCUCUGCAAACCGUUUCUGUACUCAUCACACCCACAAUCACCCAUUGCAGUCUGGCAACCGUUAUCGGUCUUGGGGUUCGCGUUCGCCUGGAACAGUCUCUCCCAUCAAGGUUCAGAAUGGAUAUACGCAUCAAAGAAGGUACACACAGCACCGGCGAUGAAGUCAACAAGCAGCUCGCUGAUAAGGAGCGGGUUGCUGCGGCCCUAGAGAAUGGUGCAUUGAUGGGGGUCAUCGCCAAAAUGAUGGAGACCUGUCACUGA